CGCGCAGAGCGAAGGUGAGCUGCGGACCACCGCUGCGUCACGACACCAUGGUCCGGGCUGAGGCGCGCGAAUGAAAGCGGAUGUUACCGAGGUGAACUGUGGGCGGAGGGAACUUGCUGAGGAUUUCUUGACAAUUUCAGCUACGAUUUAUCGGGACCUUUAACUCAGCAGCAGCAGGAUGGAGCGCUCGGUUUUGUGGAUGCUGAUGUGUUUGCUCCCGCUGAGCUGCAGGACUCAGAACAUACCACCUGAAGCAGUGCUGAACUGCUGCGAAGGCGAUGUCCUCUUCCUCCUGGACUCCUCAGGGAGUGUUUCCUCCUACGAGCACUCGCGCAUGCUGGUCUUCCUGUCUGAGCUCCUCCUCCCCUUCUCGCUGGGGGAGGAUCAGGUGAGAGUUGGGCUUCUGCAGGUCGGAACCCGACCCCGCCUUGAGUUUGGCUUUAACGCCUACGGUACCCAAGGGGGCCUGCAGGGGGCGUUGGCGAGCAUCAAACCCCUGAGAGGGGACACCAACACGGUGGAGGCGCUGGAGCUGGCGCAGGACCAGGUGCUGAGGCCAGGAGGAGCUGAUGGGACCCGACCGGGACUGCCCAGAGUCCUGGUGUGGUUGACAGACGGAGUGAAACCGGGAGAUGUGAUCGGCCCAAUGGAGGAGCUGAAAAGACAGGGCGUGUACGUGUUGGUGGUCUCCACCGGUCAUGGGAACUAUCAGGUGCUGAGGCAGGUGGUGAGCCCACCGGUGGAGAACCACCUCUACUUUGUGGACAUUGACGACAUGAGCAUCAUCAAGGACGACCUGCGGGACGCCAUCAUUGAAAUCAUCAGAGCUGAACGGCUCAACGUGAAAGACGUCUCCACCAACUCUGCCACGCUCCUGUGGCGGCCCGUUCUACAAGGUAUAUCGGGCUUCUACGAGGUCCGCUUCGGUCCAGUUCCGUCCAGCCCCGGAGUCCCGGGAGGCGGAACAGGCACCAGUCCCAGCACUGACGGCGGCCAGUACGAGAGGCGAGUCUUUCCGUCCGGCUCCAGCUCAGCCCAGCUGACAGGCCUGAAGCCGGACACCACCUACACCGCCACACUGACCCCCGAGUCCAACGAAGUCAGAUUUAACAAGUUAUCCGUCUCCUUCACAACCAAGCCAGAGGUGCUGAGUCCAGCUGUGGUCACACUGUCUGAGGUGGGCUCCACCAGCGCACGAGUGACUUGGGCGCCUUCUCAACAGGCAACCGUCACAAGUUACCUCAUCGAAUACUCCGCCCUGCCCAGAGGGCAGCUCUACACGCUCAGAGUGGACCGGAGACAGAACUCCACGCUCCUCAGAGACCUCCAACCAGGCACCACCUACCUGGUCACCAUCACCGCCCGCCACUCCUCGGGCAAGGAGGGGGCCAUUUCUGUUAAAGUGUGCACAGAGGAAGUGACUCCAGCUCUGGUGGACCUGCAGCUGACCACAGUGGGCAGUGACGCCGUGCAGGUCAACUGGAGAGGCAGUGGCCCUGAUCUGAAAGGCUACUGGCUCACCUGGGAGGGUCAACAAAGCACCGCCCGCCGCUCCUCCGUCUACCUGCCGCCUGACUCUCUCUCAACUCGCCUCACACACCUCCCCCCUUCCACACGAGUGUGUGUGUCUCCUGUUUACCAGUCAGCACGAGGCGAUGGACUGUGUUGCACGGCCCGGUUUCACUCAGAGGCCUCAGCGUACGGCUACCAAACAUAGCAUCUCUCCACCUCAAGUGUAUCUUACCAAACAUGGAGGCGAGGCGGCAGGAAGAAUGCUGACUUUCAACCAUAAUUCUUCGGCUCAGCUGUGUGGAUCUACUCCAGGAGAACGUGUGGUUCGGAUAAUGAGCGCUCACAUGGACGCCGGAAUCACUUGAAUAAGUCUGGGACAAUGUGGCCACAUGCGGAUGCUACAGCCAAACACACAAGCUUCUUUGCUGCCUCAUCUUGUUUACACCACUGAAGCUGCAAUGCUUUUCGCUUAUAAACACAUUAUCCUGCCUGUUUUGGAAACUUCAAUGCUGACACAGAGAAGGGCAUGCUGGGAGGAUUUAUAGCUUCUUGUGGUUGCAGGAUGCCUUCCACCAUACGUUGGCCUCAAAACAAUCCAUACAUCUGAUACACAUUACUAAUCCAAAAAUACACACACAUUUGAGCUCCUCUGCGAACAAAACAACUUUGAUCCCCCCUAAACAGAUGUGUAUUUGUUAGCUGUAAAUAAAUCUACCAGUGAUAUUUAUUAGUCUAGAGUAGAAUAUGAGGGUUGAACUGUUCAGUAUUUUUACAGCAGGAUACGUCUGAAGACUGUUACCAUGAAUAAGCGAGUUUCUGCUGCCCUCUGCCGUAAGAACAUGGAACUGGUCCUUCAAAGUUCAGAAAAAAACUUAUUGAAUGUUUGUUUUAAAACCUGAGCUUGCAAUAAAGAUCUUUAAUAAUUUUGUUACAACCUCUUGUACUUGUACACCUAAAUACAAGUUUGCAUCAUGUGGAUUUAUGUGUCGUAAAACGAAUUUGAUUCUCAAAUGACUGAAGGCUGAUGGUUUCAUCCUCUGACUUUGCACAUAACAUGCCGUCAUCCAAAGGGCAACUUCAACCUGAAACACUGCAUGGAAACAUUUAGAAAGCAAAAUGAUCUUGCGAACGAGACAUUCGGAAGGUUUUAGAGUGGCCCAUUAACCCACUUGUUCUUAAUCUGAUUAUUAUUGUCACUGUUCAUUGAUCUGUUUAACAAGAUCAGUAGUAUUUAACAUUUGGAAGGACACACAGCAUUUCGAAAAGCAGAUUGGCAGCAGUCAACGCUGUGUUUCCUGUGGAGAAAAGAAAGAGUUGUUGUUCCAUCAGAAAGCAAAGCAGCAGCUGAUGGGGAAACAAAAGCCACGCACCAGUUGUGUCGUAGGGCGGAGACACCUCCACCAGAUCACAGCCAACCAGGUUCAGGCCACGACAGCCCCGGAUAAUCUCCAAACCCUGAUUGAAAAGAUACAUUUUCCACUUAUUUAUUGAAGUGCAGGAACUGAAACAGUAAUUCUACAUGCUAUUAAACACAGUGAGUGCUAAGUGAUCCACUAUUGCUGAACCUGAGAUGAAAUAUUCACCUGUAUUGGGGUCAAUCCUGCGAUCUCCGGCGUUCCAGUUCCUGGUGCAAAUCCCGGAUCGAGCCCGUCAAUGUCAAAACUGAGGUACACCGGACCGCUACCCAUCUG